AUGGGACCAGUCCUUCUUUUUCCCAAAUAUCAGAAAUUAAGCACUUGGAAGGGAGAUUUGGCCAAGAUGACCCAUUUACAGGCUGGACUCAGUCCAGAGACUAUAGAGAAAGCUCGCCUGGAACUGAAUGAAAACCCAGAUGUUUUACAUCAGGAUAUUCAGCAAGUCAGGGACAUGAUCAUUACCAGGCCUGACAUUGGAUUUUUACGUACAGAUGAUGCCUUCAUCCUGAGAUUUCUCCGAGCCAGGAAGUUUCACCAAGCAGAUGCCUUUAGACUCCUGGCCCAGUACUUCCAGUACCGCCAGCUCAACCUGGACAUGUUCAAAAACUUCAAGGCCGAUGAUCCCGGCAUUAAGAGGGCUCUCAUCGAUGGGUUCCCCGGAGUGCUGGAAAACCGCGAUCACUACGGCAGGAAGAUCCUUCUGCUGUUUGCAGCCAACUGGGAUCAGAGUAGGAACUCCUUCACAGACAUCCUCCGGGCCAUCCUGCUGUCAUUGGAAGUCCUUAUUGAAGAUCCGGAGCUUCAGAUAAAUGGUUUCAUUUUAAUUAUAGAUUGGAGUAAUUUUUCCUUCAAACAAGCCUCCAAACUGACACCUUCAAUCCUCAAACUGGCCAUUGAGGGGUUGCAGGACAGCUUUCCUGCUCGCUUCGGAGGAGUUCAUUUUGUCAACCAGCCCUGGUACAUUCAUGCCCUGUACACGCUCAUCAAGCCAUUCCUUAAAGACAAGACCAGGAAACGGAUUUUCCUCCAUGGAAACAACUUAAACAGCCUUCACCAGCUAAUACACCCUGAAUUUUUGCCCUCUGAAUUUGGAGGAACGCUUCCUCCUUAUGACAUGGGAACGUGGGCCCGGACAUUACUUGGUCCUGACUACAGCGACGAAAAUGACUAUACUCACACUUCCUAUAAUGCAAUGCACGUGAAACACACAUCAUCCAACCUGGAGAGAGAAUGCUCACCCAAGCCGAUGAAGAGAUCUCAGUCUGUGGUAGAAGCUGGGACCCUGAAACAUGAGGAAAAGGGAGAGAAUGAGAACACUCAGCCACUCCUGGCUCUGGACUGAAUUCUGGGUCACUCACACUCCUGCAGAUCGUCGGCCUUCGGUGGCAUCAGCCACCCAGGAAGCACAUGUGCAACUCACCCCCACAGACACGUGCGUUUGGCUUGACACAAGGCACUCCACUCCUGCCACCCAGUAAUGACUGUCACCAGCCAUUGGUCUGAGCAGCCAAAGUUGAACGAAGACUUGAGAGAUGCUUGUUUUUUCAGAGAGGGGAUUGGAGGAUGAAACAAGGCAUUUACGUAAACAAGAUUCCCCCUCUCCCAUAUUUAUGGUAUUAAAUGAAUUGAAAAAAGAAAAACCAAAUUUGAUACACACACUGUAUUAGGACAAGGAUUUUUUUUGAGGCACUGCACAGAGACCCUCCCUAGUUUUUGCAAUUUAAGAUUAAGUGCAUUUUCAAGUAGAUACAUCAGAAUUAAACCAUGCAUACCCAAUUGUCAAGUUUAAUGUAGUACAAAGCCGUGAGACAAUAGUAUCUCCAGUAAUUUCCAUUCUUAUUGAAUUAUUUUCUUUGACCUCAUCACCAGCAUUGAAUUGUUCAGCCUAAGAGUAUGUUCUCGUAGGUCUGGCUAUUUGCAGCAUUUUUGCUUCCUUUGAAAUCCUGCAAAAAUGAUUUUGAUGUCACAUCUUUUGUCAGGCCACCAGCUGAUUAUCAUGAGCUGACUUUAAAGACGACGCACAAUUUGAAAUAUGAUUAUUUCACUUUAGCAAUGUGACUUCCCACAGGCUGCAUGUGUCUGCAGGGUGUGGGGGCGGGUCUCAUUGAAAACAGAUGUCAUUGAUUAAUGAAUCCAUUCAAGUUGCCUCACUUGGGUCACUACAGCAAAGAAAAGUGCUACUAAAGCAUUUAAUCCCCCUGCCCUCCUGCUGCCAGUAAAGGUGCGGAAAAAGGGCCUGGCUGUAGCCGAGACGGUAGGUAUUCAAUCGUGGAGGAAGACCUUUAAGGAUGGCUAAAUAUGCAAGUACUGAAAAUAAGAGAAGACUAGGAAUGCAGGAUGAAAUGCCAAAGAU